ACUGAACUAUAAUGAUAGACCCUCUUCGCCAACGUGUAUUUACACGCUCAGUGUUUGUCUCCAGAUGGGCGGUGUCUGCUGGUGACUACAUAAACUCCACACUGUGACCUUUCCUGUCUCAGUAUCAUUCUGGGAUCUUACUCAGCUGCUCUCCUCCUCUUCCUCACACUGAACUUCUAUCAUGUCUCUGGACGGUAAAGUUGCUGUAGUGACCGGAGCUGCUCUGGGGAUUGGAAAAGCAAUGACGGAGAUUCUCCUGCAAAACGGAGCAAAGGUAAACUUUAAGUCCUUAUGGGAUUAAACCCCAGUGUUUACAAAAUAACAAAGGUGCCACCGCAGUUUUAUUGUGGAUUUGUGGUUAAUUAUUAUAUGCACUAUGGUUUAAGGUCAAGUUGAUUCAAUAAUCCACGUGAUAGCUUACCUUUGUACUAUUCUAUAUAUGAUAUACACGUGAUACCUGUGUUAUUGGCAUCACCUUAUACUUCGAUCAUUUAUCUUCAAAGGGAUGUGAUUUGAUUUUUUAUUUUUUCAAAGUAAAUCAACCUGUUACUCCAAAUUCCUGUCAUUUUUUCCUCACUCCCUUAAAAACAGAUCUGUGUAUAUCUAGGGUAAAGGUUAGAAACUUGAUUUAAGCCUCAAAAUUUGCUGUAAAUCCGGUUCACAGGUCAGGGGAAUGAGACAAAAGCCUGAAGGCGUCAUUCAGGAGAUUGUGUAAGACAUGUGUUUGUAAUUUGUAGGUUAUUUUUUUUUCAUUAUAAGAUACAUAAAGUUCAGUUUACUUGGCAGGAAAAGUUUAACAUCCUGUACCCUUAGAGAGAUGUGAUCAAAGAAAUAAUCCACAUAACUUUAUAAAACAGCUUAAAAUAGAAAAGAAAGGGAGGAGUGGUUUUCUGAAGAAGUCAGCAGCAUAUGGUAAACAGAUGAGUGUCUAACACACUGACUUACAUAACAGUGUGUUGGAGCUAGACUCCCACAGGACAUCUAAAGUUUGGAUAUCUCUGCGUCUGCUGCAUUAACAUGGACCCCACACCUUUGCCAAUCUGUUUCUUCUAUUCACCUAAAUUUUUAAAAAUAAGGUGAUCCAGAAUGACUCGGGUAUCAUCAUCAAGUUUUGUUUUGCAAUAAAGUCUUCACGUCAUGAUGGGAUUAGUAAUGCUGUUGAGUCAGAACAUCCUCAUCUGGAAGUCUGUAAACUAAAAUAAUUAAAAUAUUGUAUUAAUCCUUCAACUCAAACAGAUUAAUCGACCACUAGAGGGCAAUUCAACUUUCAGCCAACAUUCAACAGGCAACACAGUCGAAAACAACAUUCAGACAUCUAAGUGAAAACCUUUGUGUUAUCAAGAGUUUGACCAUAAAACUAAAUCAAGAGUGGUUGUCCAAAAAGUGGAAGGUUGGUGGUUUGAUUCCCACUCUAUAGUCUGUCCAUUGUGUCCUUGGGCAAGACACUUAACCCACCUUGCUCCCAGUGUGUGCGAUUGGUGGUGGUUGGAGAGGUUGUUAGCGUGGAUUGGCAGCCAAGUUUCCGUCAGUUUGUCCCAGGGCAGCUGUGACUUUUAAGGUAGUUUACCAGGGUGUGACUGUGUGAGGGAAUGACCGAUGUAUCCAAUGUCAAGGGCUUUGAGUGUUUCUGAUAAAGUGCUAUAUACAAUUUGCUGGAUUAUUGUUAUUAUUAUUAUUAUUAACAAAUACAAAUGAUAGGAACACGCCAAGAGUCAGAAUUAACAUUCAGCAGCCUGAAGGGAACAAAAGAGUACGGAUGACUUAUCGGCAUCGUCUGAUAUCACCAUCUUUUCUCAACGCUAAAAAAUAAUCUUUCCCAUCACUCAUUGACAACACUUGACAUCUUGUUAGAGCCAUUUGUUGUAUUUCCUUUUGUGUUUGUGUUUUGUUAUCUAUGUCAGUUGUAUUUGCCCUGGUGGCGUGAGGUCCUGAGUUUGGUUUGCUAUAAAUAUAAGAAUAAGAAAUUAGUGGCAGGUGUGUUGAUAGCUAGAGGAGCAAACAGUUUUUUGACCAUCAUUUACAUCAUCUAUCAUUAUCAUCCUGUCGUUGCUGUCUGUUGGAAUUUGCUUUGUCUUUAUUUUUGCAUUUGGUUUCUUUUACAAAAGAAGAAUAAACAAAGAAAAUGUGACUAACUGUUUCAUUUACACGUGGAGAACAAUAGACACGGACGAUGCGUCAACUGUACACCUGGCUAUCUAAGACCUCAGUGGCUCUUUGGAUAAUUUCGGGACACAAAAUUAAGUCACAACACAUCCAAAACACUAACUGACGAUUGUUUAAUUACAAUACAGUAUCAAUAUUUAGCAGGAACAGCUGUGUUCAUCAAUCCAAACCCACACCCAAUAUCUGUCUUUCCACUGAUUUAUUAAAAAUACAACUUAAACAUUUAAGAUUUAAAUGUGUAUGGAAUAAUGGAUUCUGUAAAUGACCUGUUAACUUUUAUUAUUUUUCUUCCACAGUAAUUAAUGGACAGAAAUAAAAAUAAAAAAGUUAGAGGGCAGAGACAACACAACCAUUAAACUGGAGUCAGAUCAUAAGUGGGUUUUGAUGUCAUGGUCUUGUUGCUGUGCAGGUAGCCCUCCUGGAUGUGAACGAAACCGCUGGGAAGAGUUUAUGUGAGGCUCUCAUGAAACAGUACGGACAGGAGAAGACUUUGUUCCUGAGCUGUGACAUUCAAUCUGAGGAACAAACUAAAGGUAAACACACACACACAUGCAGGAACAUUUUGUACUGCAGGUUGUUUUAGUGGUACACAGUUACACUCAUUAUAGUCCACAGUGCGUGAAAUUCAAGAACCAAAAUUUUAUGUCAAGAAUAACGUGAUAAAAAACACAGAAACCCUGCGGACUUUAAAGUUAACACUUUUGUCAGGUCUUCAGGUUAUGCAAGGUCUCGUCGUUUCAUAAUCUCUCUGGUUCUCAGAGAGAUAGUUCAAGAUAGUUUUAAAUGUUCCAAUAUCCUCUAAUGUCUUUUGUACUUUUUUGCCAGUAUGGAUUGUCCAACUUGCAAUCAAUCAUUUAUUUGCAACGUUUCGGAGACAACAACAGAAAAAGUCAUCCAGACACAACAUUACGGCUGUGCCUAAUUUCUCAAAAUUGUGGAAUCUGCAAAGGUUUUUGUCAUUACCAAGAUUUUUUCACUAAUCAGUAGGGGCUCAAAAAAUUUUAGAAUUGCAGAACCAGACUCGUGUUAGACAGUCAUCUGCUGAGACUGAACCGGAGAUAGAGAUCAAGGCAGGUCAAAACAUCUGCAGCAGCGAUACAGAGGAACCUCCAGGAAAAGACUGUGCAUUAGUGAUGCUGGUUGAGUUGAGUGUCUGUGCCACCCAACUUUUAAACAGUCCGAAGUUGUGACAUCUCAUCUGAGUUGACAGGAUGUGGUAGAUACUUAUCAAAUACACGGACAAACCCAAAUUUGUUCUUCAUUUUACACUUAAUUGGACGAGAAUGCUGCAUGGAGGAAGAUGUAGACAAGCAAUCGUGCUGAUUGACCUGAUAGGACAUUAACUGAGGCAAACGACUAAAUAAGACGAAGAAGAGGAGGUCAGGGCUUUUUCUGAUAUGACCCUGAGAAUUAAACAAUUUCCAGCUACCUGUGCAGUUGCCCCCUUCUGACCACAUCUUUAAGGAAGUCAUAACGCUUCGAGGAAAAUGUUAGGAUGCGUUUGAGUUCAGGGGUUAAAAUUGUGUCCUGUAAGAUGUUAGACAUGUGUUUUGGAAGUACCUCUAAAGCUCCAAAAAUGUGUUGUGCAUGUGUAAAAAAACAACAACAACAUGUACUUAAAAGCUGUUUUUUUGUUUUUCUUUUCUCCAGCUGCUUUAAAGAAAACUUCAGAGGUCUUUGGUGGAAUCGACAUCCUGUGCAACAACGCUGGCAUCUUGAAUGAAAACACAUGGGAGAAAACCGUCUCUAUAAACCUUGUAAGAAUACCCAAAGACAAACAAACUGCAUCCGGUAGACAUUAGACCGAUUACUUGUCUCCAGUUGCACCACUGCAUCAAAGGAAAUUACAUAACACAAAGAGUUUUCAGUGUUUCAGGAGUUACAGCUUGAAAUAAGGCAUUGCUGUCUUUUAGCAGAGAUGAUUUUGACAUCUUGAAGUUACAUUCAGCUGGUUUAACAUUACACAACACUUGGCAAACAAAGAAAGGCCAACUGCUGCUAACAAGUCUUAAAGGGAUAUUCCGAUGUAAAAUUAAGAUAGGGUCAACCACACCGUAACACUGAGUUAGAGGUGUAUGUUUUCGACCGCUUGCUUCUCUAGUAAUACCAUCUUUAGUAAUGACUGCACCAUAGCAAACACAGCGGUCCCAGGAGCCACACGCUCAACCAAAACACCACUCUAUAGCCACAAAUAAUGCUCAGAACAGCACCUAACUUCAUCAACAGGACAUAUAGGGUCCCAGCCAUAAUACUAGUCAUCAAACAUCUUUUAACUUUGACUAAUUUCUUUAGUAAAGAGACUAAACACAACUCACCCACUCUCCUCCAGCAGCCGCUUGUUUGUACGGAGAUCUCAGGCGAGUCCAUUGACUACAGCGGGGUGCCGCAGCUCAAGGAAGAACAUUUAUGAUCAUUUCUUCAUGGAAAUACAAUCAGACUGAGACACUAAGGCAGAAGAACUACAAGUCUGCAGUGCAAAAUGAUUAAUAUGGUGAUUAUUACUUCAAGGAAAUUAUAAAGUAAUGAUCAUAAAUGUUCUUCCUUGAGCUGCGUCACCCCGCUGAAGUCCGUAAUGGACUGGCCCGAGGUCUCGCUACAAACAAGCGGCUGCUGGAAGAGAGUAGUUGAGUUGUGUUUAGUCUCUUUGCGAAAGAAAUUACGCAAAGUUAAAAAGAAGUUUGGUGUCUAGUACUAUGGCUGGGACCCUAUAUGUACUGUUGAUGAAGUUAGGUGCUGUUCUGAGCAUUAUUUGUGGCUAUAGAGUGGCGUUUUAGUUUCUGGUACUGUUGUGUAUUGCUUUCAUGCAGUCAUUAGCAAGCAGUUGGCAACAUUUAUCUCUCAACGGGAUGUCUAACUCAGUGUUACAGUGUGUUUGACCCUAAAUCAAUUUUACGCCGGAAUAUCCCUUUAAAUAAGAAGCCGAAAAGGUUCCUGCUGUCAACACCAGAAUCAAACCGAGUUGUCCUGUGUUGUAGAUGGGUGUUAUCAGGAGCACCUACCUGGCCCUGGAGCACAUGAACAAGCUGAAUGGAGGUCGGGGAGGUGUCAUUGUCAACACAGCAUCCAUGGCAGGUAAAGACCACAAUGUGCAUGAAUAUGUAAAAACCAUACUUCUUUAAAGAACAUUACGAAACAGCGAAUGAAGAAGAAGCAGGUAUGUUGAAAACAACAGUGGGCCGAGAAUUGACCCUGGGGGAACUCCAAAAAUACUGUUUCUUUCUAUAUGGAUUACAAGAUUAAUCAGAAAUGUACAAAUUAAGCUCUCAUAAUAAAAAAAAAAUGAUGUUUUUAAGACGACUCUGUUUAUUGAUUUUUCAUGGAUCCUGCAGGUCUUGGUCCUCUACCAAGCUGCCCUGUAUAUACAGCUACGAAGCAUGGCGUGGUCGGUUUCACUCGUGCCAUGGCGGUGAGUAUCUAUAAUGAUUGAGGUCCAAAAAGAGAAACAAGAGGACUUAAAUCCCAGCAUGCAUCUUCUUUUUCUGGGAUUUCUUUGUUGUAUAUCAGCAGGCAAGGUAGAUAUUAGCUGUAAGUUAGCAUUCUGUUUACAUGAUAUGAAAGACAGCAACACGUCUCAGUGUUCUGUGUUUACUUUAGGAAGUGCCUGAAUUUGUAGUGUAGGUUUGCUCCACUGAAAUAGCAAACGCUGUUUUCAUGUCAUUAACACUUUAUUGUGCUGGGAUGGUUUUACUGUAAAGGUCAGGCAAUAACAGGGAGAUGGAGUAAAGGUUUUCAAACAAAACUUGUCCGCCUGGUCAGGAAUACAUGUGCUGUUUCUCUUGGAUUGAUGGACUGACUCUUACUUCACAGUAUUGAGCUUCUAAUUGUAACAUCAGAAGGAAAUGGCCAGUGUGUUAUUGAGCUGACCUGUAUUAUUCCUUCGUCUCUUAACAGGCGGCCUCUUCUGCAUCCGGCUACGGUAUACGAGUCAAUGCCGUCUGCCCGAGCUUCGUCCAAACUGAACUCUUCGCCAACAUUUUAGACAAACUGGGCCAAUUCUCCCACCUGGCAGAUGCAACCAAAGGAAUGGUAGAAAAGUUUGGGACCUUAAGGUGAUUUGUGUCCUUUCCUAGAGAUGUCCAUUUACUUACUUCCCUUGUUCAGCAAUAUCAUCAUCAAGACCAAGUAUAAAACUGCUGACCUUUGUUACUUCUUUGUUGUUUUGUGUGACCCCUAAAUAAGUUGUUGUUUCUGCAGUAAUAAUCAAUGGGAAUAAUCAAUUAACUCAUCAAUUCAUCAAUCAUCUGUCUGUAAUUGUCAUUCCAGUGUGUCUCAGGUGGCAGAGUGUCUCCUGGAGCUCGUGACAGAUGAGACAAAGAACGGAGAAGCCCUCGUGGUGACCCCUCAAAUGAAGAAGUACAUGACAUUUGUAAAUACGAUCCAGUAGAUCCUGGCCGUGACAGACUGCAGUUUAAUGUACAUUCAAAAGUUUGUUAUCACAACGAGCAUGGCAGGUCCAAAGUCGAGGCCUUAGUGUCUUUUUAUCUAUUUUGCUUAAUCAUUAAAGCUUCAUUAUGAGCAGUUUGUCCUGAAACCACACCCACAGACUGUAUUUACAAUGAAACCAUAUAACUGACCAUUAGGUCAAGUAGGUACUCAUUCAAUAUUUACAUUGUGAAUGACAUUAAAAAAAUCAUUGUACCUGUUUCAAAAACAGUAAAAUUUUAUAUCCAUGUAUGUCAAUAUAUGUAAAAUAUAUCAGUUUCAUUAAAUGAGGACUGAACUUUUGACGAGCCA